AUGCUCGCUGAACAAAUCAACUAAUUUUCUUAGUAAAUUUAAAAAUUCUAAAGCGACUAUCCCUCUGUUCUAAACAAGAAUUAAAUAUAAGAAAAUAAUCAAGAAAAUGAAUUUAAUUUUAAUAAUAAUUAUUAUUAAUAAACUGAUUAGAUUCAAUAAAAAAGGUAAAGUACCAACAGUAGCUUUAGCUAGAAUAUUUUACAAAUAGAUUCGUUCGAAGAAUAAAAUAAAGUUUUCGAUAAUUAGCAAAUUAAAAAAAACAACAGAAGCAUAAGUGCUUGCUUAAAUAAUGGCUAAAAUAGAUAACAAUAAGAAAUUUAACAAAAAAAGAAUUUAAGAUUAAAUACCCAAGGUAAUAAUGCUUUAAUUGAAAGGUGUGAAACAGAAUAAGUUAAGCAGAUGUCGAAUAAAAACUAAGGAAUGAUCAAAUUAGAUCAAAUUUUACCAAAUUAUUUUACUAAUCACAGAGUUCUUACUGAAUCAGCAGACUUUUCUGUCAAAAAUAUCAAUAGAUUCUAAAGUAAUCAAUAAGUUAAUGUUGUAAGUUAAAGCAUCCCUGGCAAUUUCAAGCAAGAAGCUAUGCAAAGUAACCUAAUUAACAUGAAGCAUAAUGAAUCUAUUCAGUUAAGUUAACCUUAUAAAAAUUAAAGUAUCGAUCAUCAUAUAUAAUAUAAUAAUUAAGAUUAAAAUAUUUUAAAUUUAAGUGAAAUUGCAUUUAAUUAAUCAGAAGUAUUGAAAGAAAACAAUUCUAAUUUAUAAAAUAAUUGUUAACUAUAAAAUGAAUAAUUGACAUGCUUAAAAGAUGUCUUUGACAAAACUUCUCAAAGCUUUUAUUAACAACAAAAUCAAAUCAACAGCCAAAUUCAAUAUUCUUAAAACAAAAUUGAUCAUCUACAAUAAUAAAACAACUCAUUUGUGGGAAAAAUCUAAGACAUUCAAUUAAAAUAUGAUUUGAUCUAAAAGCAGUUAGAACAAUCCUAAUAAGAAAACAAAUCGCUUAAAAAAUAGCUCUCAGAAGAAAAAAAUAAAAAUGUAAACUUAUAAAUUAGAGUUGAUCACCUCACGAAAAAAAGCAAAUCAUUGCAAAAGAAAAAUGAACUACUACUCCUUGAAAUAGAUAUGAACAAAAAAACCUACGAGAUGAAGUGUGAAGCUUUGCUCAAAUAAAUUUAUAAUUAUCAAAGUUUAGAAACAAUUUAAGAUAAAGGUAAUUAAUAGCAGCUUAAUUAAAUAAAUCAGCAAUAUGAAACUCUACUUGAAAAUUUCAUAACGAUUAAUGAAAAUGGAUAGAACAAUAAUGUCCUUGAUAUUUCCAAUUCCUAAGUGAAAAACAUGCAAACGUUUGCUGAUCCGGUAGAUGAUAAAGAAAACAUUUAAAUGAACAACUAAUUUGUAAAGUAAGAAAACAAUUCGAAGCUUUCUAGCCAGUUUUAAAGCAGCAAAGUAUCUGUUUCACAGGAUUUUAUAAAUUUAAUCCAUAAUAACGAAUAAUAUCAAAAUAAUUAAUAUAACAUCAUUGAUAUGAAAGACCUCUAAAUUUAAAUCAACCCUUCAAGCCCUUUUUCUAAUUCAAACGCAUCAAAAAAGCUAACGAUGAAACUAAAUUAAUUGAGCUUGAUUAAUAGAAAUAAUUAGCCAUAUUAAAUUAAUGAAGAUUUAUGA